GUAUUUGUGUUUCCAGCCAACUGACUGCCGCCGUGUGUUGGAGAAGGGUCGGCGGAACGGGUUUACUUCUUAAAUACUGUCAACUCCGUACAGUACACAGCCAUGUCUCCAUCAGUACCCCUGCAGGAGAUGAUCCGGGCCAUCCGCUCAGCCAGGACCCAGUGUGAGGAGCGAGGCGUCAUCCAGAGGGAGUGCGCUGCCAUCCGGGCCCAGUUCAGACAAGCCGACAACGGUGGGAGGUCGCACAACCUGGCCAAGCUGCUCUACGUGCACAUGCUGGGCUACCCGGCUCACUUUGGUCAGAUGGAGUGCGUGCGAAUGAUCGCCAGCCCGCGCUACAGCGAGAAACGAGUGGGAUACCUGGGAGCCAUGAUGCUGCUGGACGAGAAGCAGGAUGCCAGCCUGCUCAUCACAAACUCCAUCAAGAAUGUUAUAUCUGAAUCCCACUGUCAUGUACUCAGUGCAGCCGUGAUGUAAUGCUGCUGAUGACUUGCUCCGCUGUUCUUUCAGGCUGCUCUAUGCGCCGUUCACAUUGUGAGAAAAGUCCACGAUCUGGGGGAGCUGUUUGCACCCGCUGCCCGCUCCCUCCUCUCUGAGAAGAACCACGGUGUGUUACACGGUGCUGUGGUGCUCAUCACUGAGCUGUGUGAACGCAACCCAGAAACACUGGAGCGGUUCAGAAAGACAGUUCCAGAUCUGGUUCAGAUCAUGAAAGGUCUGGUCAUCUCGGGUUAUUCUCCAGAACACGAUGUGGCAGGAAUCAGCGAUCCCUUUCUACAGGUACGCAUCUUGAGGUUGCUGAGAAUCCUCGGGCGCAACAACGAAGCGGCGAGUGACGCCAUGAACGACCUCCUCGCUCAGGUGGCGACCAACACUGACAGCACUAAGACUGUGGGUAAUGCUGUGCUGUACGAGACAGUUCUCACCGUACUGGACAUCAAGUCAGAGAGCGGCCUCAGGGUUCUGGCUGUGAACAUCCUGGGAAGAUUCCUCCUCAACAACGACAGGAACAUUCGGUAUAUCGCAAUGACAUCUCUUCAGAGGAUUGUGGGGACAGACCAUAAUGCAGUGCAGCGUCACCGGGGAACCAUAGUGGACUGUCUGAAGGACCAGGAUGCUUCUGUCAAGCGCCGUGCACUGGAGCUCUCCUUGGCUCUGGUGUCAGCUACCAACAUCCGCUCCAUGAUGAAGGAACUGCUCCUCUUCCUCUCCUCCUGCCCCCCUGAGCUCAAAUCUCAAGCUGCCAGCGGCAUUUUUAAUGCUGCUGAAAGGUAUGCUCCCUCCCAGCGCUGGCACAUUGACACCAUCCUGCAUGUCCUCACCACGGCAGGGGGCGACGUAAGAGACGAAACAGUGCCCAACCUGAUCCAGCUCAUCACCAACACCUCGGAGCUGCACUGUUACACCGUCCACAAGCUGUACCGGGCUCUGCUCACCGACAUCUCUCAGCAAUCUCUGGUCCAGGUGGCCUGCUGGUGUAUAGGAGAGUACGGAGACCUGCUGCUGAGAGGAGAGUGUCAGGAGACCGAACCUGUGCAGGUCACAGAGGAUGAUGUCCUGGACGCCUUGGAAACGGUUCUACAGUCCCACAUGUCGUCCCCGGCGACCAGAGGCUUUGCUCUCACGGCCACCAUGAAACUGAGCACCCGCAUCACUGAUAACGUCGAUCGCAUCAGAAGCAUCGUCAGCAUCUACGGCAGCUGUAUAGAUGUGGAGCUCCAGCAGAGGGCAGUUGAAUACAAUGCUCUGUUCAAAAAAUAUGACCACAUGAGGGCAGCAGUGCUGGAGAGGAUGCCUGUGAUCGAAAAGAACUCUCCGGGUCACACCAACGGGGAGUCGACAAAGGAGGCCGUGAAGGAGAUCCAACCUGCCAAAGUCAAACAGGCGGAGACGCUGCUGCCACAACAGCCCACUAACCAGGUGUGUGAUCUCCUGGACCUGCUGGGAGGCUCUGAGGAGCCUCUGCAGCCCAACUCAGCAGCAGGCAGCACAGUCCCCGUCCUGCCCAUCAGCACAAGCAGCACUGCUGGAGGAGACCUGCUGGAUCUGUUGGGAGGCUUGGAGCCCGCUCCACUCACACCAGCUCCAGCAGUGACAGUGUACGAGAAAGGCGGUGUGACUUUAACACUCAGCAGUGAGAAACAGUCAGACUCGGGACUAAUGGUGACACUCACAGCCUCCAACUCCACUGACUCAGACAUCAGCAGCUUCACCCUGCAGGCUGCAGUGCCCAAGAGCGUCCAGUUACACAUGAAGGCCCCCAGCGGGGACUUUCUUCCUGCACGAGGCGCAGCUAAAGUGACCCAGAUGGUGGUCCUCAACAACCCAAACAAGGUUAAUCUGAAAAUGAGGAUCCGCGUCUCGUACACCAGCCAAGGAUCAGCUGUUCAGGAUACAGUCCAGGUCGACUCCUUCCCCGAACACUGACGGCAGCCAGUCGGUGCAACAACAACAACAUCAGUGUGGAUGAAUCAGCAGGCGUCGCCUCCGUCUGACGGAGUCUUUCUGCCGUCACGCCCUCCACGCUGCCAUCCGAACUGCUCUCUCUCAGAAAGCUGAAUCUGUUGUUUUUAUGUCUAAGGAACUCUGUACUUUCACAGGAGUAUUUUUCCCCCUCUUCUGGAACUGAAAUACUAAUAUAAUUAUAAGCACAGACUUUGGAAUUUGCAGGUGUAUAAUGGACAAAGUGAAGGAGGGAUUCCAGUCACAGCUGUACAUACAGAUGUUGUCCAUUAGGUACCAUUCAGGGUUUUUGUUUACAAGCUGCUACAGCCGAUUGUAUUCAGUGUUUCACUCCAUAAUGACACAUAUUUAGUGGCUUCUGUCAGUCGGUGUAACCUACUAGAUCAACUUUGCCCACACAUCACUCCACGUAUACUCCUGUUUAAAGUAGGUGAACACUAACGAAUGAGCCACUGAUAUGAAGCUGUUGUAUCCGGAACACUUGAUUUUAUUGUGGAAUACAUGGCUUUGAAGGGUGGAGGAUUUUAAACACAACCUUAUGUGCUGCACUCAUGUGUCUUCUGUUGAUUCCUUUUAUUUUCUUGCCUCAUUCAACUGAGCAGCUCAGAAUACCCAAGUAUCCAUUUCCUUCUUCAUUCCUGUGCCUUUCAUCCCCUCUUAAGAUGUAAUUAUAUUUAGCUUCAGAGACGACUGAGAAUAUUUAAAUGUAAAUUAUGAUCCCUCAUACGAGCAACACCUAAUUUUCCCCUGACAUAAAUCCCAUUGUCUAUUGUUUACAAAGGCUCCUAACAGACUUAUUUUAUUUUCUCAAGACUGUGUACAGUAAUGCAAGAACAAACAGAGGCACGACGCUACCUACAAGAUGUAUAUUUUAGAUAUUAUACAUAGAAGCACAACUAAGAGUCUAUGGAGAACACAGCCAUAAUGUAAUACAACCCCCUGUUGUUUAAAAAAAAAAAAAGAAAAAAGAAAAAGGUGGCUGUGAAAAAAACCUUUUAGUGAAGCGAGAAUUAAACUCAUUUCAUAAUCGCAGGCCUCGUUUAAAAACACUCAGCAACGGUGCUCCAAAUGGAUUUCAGUGGAAUUUCUACCAGACUGUUUCAUAUCACUACCUUGACUAAAAUGUAGAGAAAAAAAAAAAAAAGACCAGAAGGAAAUAUUCUGUCAGCUGUUUAGUCUUUGAAUCUUCAUUCUCGUGUUAUUUUCUAAUAAAAACCGUUUUCAGAA